AUGAGUACCCUGCUCUGGAAGUACUAUUUCGAAAAUGACGCAGAGAAUUUUCGACAAGUGCUCGCUCGAGCCACCUACAAUGCCUCCGCGCAGUCUACAAAGGGCGGUGGUGGAGGAAGGGCAGGAAGCGUUGGUAUUGCGGGGAGCCCAGGCGCAACGUUGGGGACAUCACCGACCUUGAGUAAGAGUGCGAAAGGAUCUAGUUGGAGCAAUCAAAGAGCUCCGUCGGGUAGUGCGACGCCGAAGUCGCUUGCGAAUGUGACGUUGAGCCGCGCAGAUGUCAAUUGGAGGGACUCUCAUGGUGUCACACUGCUGCAUCAUAUAGCAUCGUCGACCAACGAGAAUGCAUCGGAGUUCGCCAUUGCAUUGCUACAGCUCCCGCUUCUGGACCUCUAUGUUCAGGAUGAGGAAAGUGGAUGGACCGCACUACACCGAGCUCUGUAUUUUGGCAACAUCACAAUCGCGCGAGCAUUGAUGGACCGGGACAUUCAAGACGCUAUGGAACAUUCGACUAUGGGCCCAUCUCACGCUGCAGGUGGUUUGAUCAAGAUCAAGGAUAGAGAGGGCAACAGCCCUUUCGACGUGUAUGGGGCAUCAAUCACAAGCCGGAACAUCAGACAAGACUCAGGCGCCCCGCUGUUAGCUGGAAGCCAGGAUGAUGAAGACAGUGAAAUGGCUCAGGGUGUCAGCGGAGACACCAAUGAUAAUGACGGCCCAAGCAGAGUAGUUGCACCGAGGACACGAAUCGAAGGAGAUGAGAUAUUCGCCUUUGGCAGUAAUAAGAACUUUACACUAGGGUUUGGGGAUGAGGACGACCGCCAGUUUCCCGAGCGAAUCUUCCUGAAGCGUCCCGACCAUCUAUUACGCCGUCUAUACAACGAGUAUGAGGCUCAGAAUUCUCGCGCGAGCGCUCAAGCUGCGGAGGGACGUUUUCCACCUUCGCAAACCAAUCAACUCCCAGCGCUUGUUCAAUAUCGUCCCAUCGUUGUACAGGACGUUCAGCUGUCCAAGUUGCAUUCCGCCGUUCUUACCACGGACCCUGAAGCCAACUUGUACAUGUGCGGCUUUGGCAAGGGAGGCAGGCUUGGGUCUGGAGAUGAAACCACCAGGUUUGGGUUCAUCAGCGUACAUGGCGGAGGUCUUUUGGGCAAGAAGGUCAUACAUGUUGCGCUUGGACAGAAUCAUAGCAUUGCCAUCUCAAGCGAAGGCGAGACUUUUACUUGGGGCAGUAAUGGCUUUGGUCAACUCGGCUAUGCGCCCAAUACUUCCGCCACCAUGGACGAAGAGCCCACCCAGUUGUUGCCACGACAGGUCUUUGGCCCUCUGAAACGCGAAAUCGUGGUAGGAGCUGCCGCUUCUAGCAUCCAUACUGUGGUACACACAGCCAGCUCUUUGUUCACAUUUGGCAAGAACGAGGGCCAGCUCGGCCUCUUCGACUCCGAUGCUCGCUCGCUUGCGAUCCAGAACACGCCACGAAAGGUCGCCGCAUCGCUCUUCUCGUCUUCCGUGAAGUCAGUAUCAGCUAUUGACAAGGCUACUAUAUGUCUCCUGGAAAAUCACGAUGUGUGGGUUUUUUCCAAUUAUGGCUAUGCGAAGAUGGCGUUUCCACUGGAAGCAUUCUCCAACUACUUUCUGAACAGUAUAUGGGGUGCCAGGGCUGAAGGUGCUGAGAAUCACAUAUGUAAGGUCACUUCUGGUGGUGAUACCAUAUGUGCAAUGUCGAGCAUGGGCGAUGUGUUCACCGUACAUGUCAGCCAAAAGGUAGAGGCUUCAAGUGCUACAUCAUCAACCACCAACCCGUCAAAGAUACGUUUAGCCUUAUCGCCUCCACAGCGCGUCUGGUCUCUGAAGAAAGGUCACAUGGCCGUAAAAGAUGUGGAUGUCAGCCAAGACGGCUCUAUCGUAAUCUGUACAGAAUCUGGGUCAGUGUGGCGAAGGGUUAAGCGUGCCAAGAUCAAAGACGCGAGUGCCGCUGGUCUUGCAGAGUACAAAGCAAAAGACUACAAAUUCUCUCGUGUACCCGGUUUGACAAGGAUUGCGGCGGUAAGAAGCAAUACCUUCGGCGCAUACGCUGCCGUCCGUAGGGAUUGUGAUGUUCUCAAAAUCCAGAUUGACGUCGAGUGCAAAAUGCUGUGGCAGGAUUUGUACCCUCUUCUUCCGUUUCACGGGUUCGCAGAGGAGGACUCCGAGACCGAAGAACCAACACCGCGCUUCUGGAAAUCAAGUCAGCCCAAUGACGUUGCGACAAUCCGAAGGGCUGUGCUGACUGUUCCAGACCUUGAAAAGGAAUUGGCAAGCUAUCUUAGUGAUAGUCUUGGUUCGAAAGAGACGGCGUAUAGUGCCCGAGUUGGGACCACGCUCUCUGACGUCCGCAUCCCCGUUCAUGGUUUUGUCUUGGCAGCUCGCAGCGAGUCCAUGAGGCAAGGACUUGCAAUAUUUCGGAAGCAUUACUUUUUCUCGAUCCCCGAAGUCGUGACGAUCGAGUAUGACAGCGAAGGGAAGACCCUGAUACUCUUUCAAGGCCUGGAUUUUAUCACCGUCUUUAAUCUCGUCCUAUACCUGUAUACUGACUCUGUGGUCGACGUUUGGCAUUACACGAGACACGCGCCGUCAUCAGCCUUCCGCUAUCGUCAAAUUAGGACCGAGCUGAUGAAGAUAGCUUCCGGUUUGGAGAUGCGUAAACUCGAGCAAGCAGUCAGAGUGAUGACGGAACCACCAAAGUCCUUGCACGAAGACUUUGGGUUGGCGAUCCGCCAGCCUGGAUAUUUCGACGACGGCAACGUAGAGGUUGAGCUUGAUGGUAAAAAUGUGAAGGUUCAUAGCGCACUUAUGUGCCAGAGGUGCCCUUUCUUCGAAGGGCUCUUCGAAGGCCGUGCUGCGGGUCUAUGGCUUUCUUCCAGGCGCGAGCAACUGAAAGAACCGGAGGAAGCCAUCAAGGUGGACUUGAAGCAUGUGGACCCUAGUGUCUUCGACUUUGUACUGCGGCAUAUCUACGCCGACACUGAUGAGGAGAUGUUUGAGGAUGUUGUGACUACUGAUUUCGACGCCUUCCUAGACCUCGUGAUGGAAGUCAUGUCUGUUGCGAAUGAAUUGAUGCUCGAGCGGCUCGCCCAGUGCUGUCAGAAGGUGCUAGGCCGAUAUGUUAAUACACGCAACGUCUGCCAGCUGCUGAACGCUGUCGCUCCGUGCUCGGUCACGCAGUUCAAAGACGCUGCGCUUGAGUACAUCUGUCUGAACCUCGAGGGCAUGCUUGAGAACCAUCUCCUCAACGAGCUGGAUGAGGAUCUUAUUCUCGAGCUGGAUGAAGUCGUCCGCCAAAAUCAACUGGCAUGUCUACCAAUUGCAAAAAGCGGCAAGGCCGAAGACGACUUGAUCGAAAAGUAUCCUCAGCUCCUCGAAUUGAUGGCACGAAGUAAACGCAUCAAGAUCGAUUCGGUAUCCUUGCAGACUCGGCUCCCUGAGCGUGAAGCAAAGUCCUCCGGGGGUUCUAAGGCCAAAGCCGCGUUUUUCGAAGAUUUUCAUCAGUCGCCCUCGGUGUCGAAGUCUCAAUCGAGAGCAUCUCGCGAUCGAAACAGCCAGUCCAAGAGCCCUUCUUUGCGGGCUAAGAGCUCUGCCGCGGACCUCAUGUUUGAGAUGGAAGAAGAUGAUGGACCUGAAGCAGAGGCGGCUGACAAAAGCACGCCCGAUCGCCAUCGACGCCACAAAGCCAAUACUCCUGAGUCACUGUUGCCUCCUCCGCAGAUCACCAGGGGCUAUGAAACCGACGAUGGGCGAGCUGCCUCAUCUUCCAGAACAGAGGGCGCCAUCGCAGCUUCAACCAGUCCUUCAUCCUACAAAAGCCAGGGUAACUCCACUGGUAAAUCUCCUGGCGAAAUAAGCAGCAAGCAGCCCUGGGCUCCUCCUUCAAUGACUGCCCUUAAGCUAGACAUGAAAGAUAUCAUGGCCCAAGCGUCCGCCCAUCGGGUAUCGAGUAUUUCAACAGGCCUUUCUUUCCGUGCUAAGGAGAGUGAAGCUUCUACCAGUGGCUUAACUACGAAGCUAUCCCAGAAAGAGCGUAAGAAGCAACAGCAACAACAGCAGCUUCGAUCACCACAGAACUUCCCAACGCCAAGCCCAACUUUAGCGGAAAAUCGAGCACAGAGCGAGAGCUCGGUGUCGCCAUGGCAGGUGGCAUCCACUGGUCCAAAGCUUUCAUUAAAGGAUGUCCUCGGUACAGAGAGCACCAAGUCGCCAUCAUCCGAGGCUAAAAGCAUACCUCGUACCCCAUCGCCACUUACGAUGAGACAAACCGUUCCUGGAAAGGCACCCGCGGCCCGAAGGGCUGCCAGUGGCCCUGCCCCAACGUUAGCUCCGACACAAAACCGCAGCAUCUCAACGCCCGACGCCUCCAAAGCCACAGCCCAAAAUCCGCCUACGGCUUCACGCUCAUCAUCAGUCCAGCAACCAAUCCAAUCGAUCCGCCACAAGCCUCUGCCUGUCGAACCGACUCUCCAACUUUCAAUGUCCGACAUACUCUACCAGCAACAGACGGAGAAGGACAUCAUCAAAGAAGCAGCCGCCAAGAGGAGCUUGCAAGAGAUCCAAGAAGAGCAAGCAUUUCAGGAAUGGUGGGAUGAGGAGAGUCGGAGGGUUAGAGAGGAAGAGGAGUUAGCCGCACGGCCAGCUGCUCGAGGUGGGAGAGGAGCGAGAGGGAAAGUGAGAGGUGGUUCCAGGGGAAGAGGGAGAGGGAGAGGGAGAGGUGACGGAGGUCCUGCGGGCAGAGGAGGGAAGAAAGUUGGGGGUGGACGAGGGAAUGGAUAG